UUAAUCAAAGCAAUCAUUUGUCAAUGACUUGUAUUGAAUACACCCAGAAUGGUAUGCUUGUUCAUCAAACUGCACUCUGCUCAGAGGGAGAAAGACAUCUGUGCAAUUUUCUGGCUGGGUCCCAACAUACUUGUCAGAAAUUGGCAGAAAAAGGACCAAGGACUUCCAUUCUGGAAGCUGCUUUGGAGUACAGAUGAAAGAUGGAAGUAGAAAACUCCCCUGACCCUGAAGGACAAAGAGGACUUGAUCCCAUCAACACUGAAGGCACAGGGCCAUUCUGGGAAAGAGCAGAGCAGAUCUUGAAGGAGGACCUGGUUGGUUCAGAGGGUCCUUGCCGGCAUUUCAGAGAAUUCCGCUACCAGGAGGCAGAAGGUCCCCGAGAGGUUUGCAGCCGCCUCCACCAUCUUUCCCGCCAGUGGCUGCAGCCGGAGCGACACACCAAGAGCCAGAUGCUGGACCUGGUGAUCCUGGAGCAGCUGCUGGCCAUCCUGCCAGUGGAGAUGUCCAGCUGGGUGCAGGAGUGCGGAGCAGAGAGCAGCUCCCAGGCGGUGGCCCUGGCUGAAGGCUUCCUCCUGGGCCAGUUGGAGCAGAAGAAAGCAGAAGAGCAGGAGGAGAGGCCAAGUCUGUUUCAAGACGUGGGACCUGCUUCCCUUGCAGCAGAGACCGGGGCAUCGGUCCCCAGGCAGAGGGGCGUCAUGCAGCAGAGAGAGGCAGGGGAGACAAACAUACAAGCAACAUCGCUUUUUCCUCAUGGUGGAAUGGAGAGCACUGUGGUAGAUCCUGAUCAGGAUCUAACCAGCUUUGAAGAAAUUGCUGUAUAUUUCACUAACGAGGAAUGGCUACUUCUGGAUCCUGCUCAGAGAAUAUUGCACAGGGAAACCAUGGAGGAGAAUUAUCUAAUUGUGGCCUAUUUAGAAAACAACAGAUGCAAAAUAGAAAAUAAGAGAGAAUCAUGGAAAAGGUCAAUGAAAGGAGACAAUUCUAAUAGAACCGAACUGCAGAAACAGAUAAAUGAAACCAAUCAAGAGAAUCAUGCAUCCUCUGUUCCUCAAGAUAGCAACUUCUAUAGCCCAAACCAGGACAAACCACAUAAAAGAAGCAUGAAUGACGUCUGUGACACGUCCACAGAAUUUUUCUAUCCUAUCUCAAACUUUAAAACUCAUUGCAAAAUCCAGGGAGGGGGGACAUAUAAAUGCAGGGAAACGGAAAGGGCUUUCCAUCAGAAGAAACAUCUACCUUAUCAUCAAGGAAGUCACAUGGGGGAGAAAACAUAUAAUUGCUUGGAAUGCGGAAGGAGCUUUAGUCAGAAGAAACGUUUCACUCGCCAUCAAAGAAUUCACACUGGGGAGAAACCAUAUACAUGUUUAGAGUGUGGAAAGAACUUCAGUCAGAAGAUGCAUCUCACUUCUCAUCAGAGAAUUCACACAGGAGAGAAACCAUACAAAUGCUUGGAUUGUGGGAAGAUGUUCCGUCAGAAAUCAGCUCUCAGUUCUCAUCAAAGAAUUCACACUGGGGAGAAACCAUAUACAUGUCUGGAGUGUGAAAGGAGCUUCAAACAAAUAAUAGAACUCACUAAUCAUCAGAGAAUUCACACAGGGCAGAAACCAUACAAAUGUUUGGUAUGUGGGAAGAGCUUCAGCCAGAAAGGAAAUCUCAAAUCUCAUCAAAGGAUUCACACAGGGGAGAGACCAUAUAAAUGCUUCGAAUGUGGAAAGAGUUUCAGUUGGAGUACAGUUCUCCGGUACCAUCAAAGAAUCCACACAGGGGAUAAACCUUAUCAAUGCUUGGAGUGUGGGAAGAGCUUCAGUCGGAAUACAGCCCUUGGAUAUCACCGAAUAGUCCACUCAGGGAAUAAACCAUAUAAAUGUUCAGAAUGUGGAAAAAGCUUCAGUCAUGAGAUGCAUUUCACUCAACAUCAAAGAAUUCACACAGGGGAGAAACCAUAUACAUGUUUUGAAUGUGGAAAGAACUUCAGUCAAAAGAUGCAUCUUAUUUCCCACCAGAGAAUUCACACGGGGGAGAAACCCUAUCAGUGCACCGAGUGUGGAAAGAGCUUCCGUCAAAAAUCAACCCUCAAUUCUCAUGAAAGAAUUCACACAGGGGAGAAACCAUAUAAGUGUUUGGAAUGUGGGAAGAACUUCACUCAGAAAACAAAUCUUACUCAACAUCGGAAAAACCAUAAUGAAACUGCUAGGGGCGUCAUGCAGCAGAGAGAGGCAGGGGAUGAUGGAAUGACACCCAGCAGAAAUUCUCACUCCACUCUUUGUCCUUGCAGUGAAGUGGAAAUUGCAACCACAAAACCAGAGCAGGAACAAGUGGACUUUGAAGAGGUUUCUGUGUCUUUCACCCCGGAGGAGUGGACUUUGUUAGAUUCUGAGCAGCGAGGGUUGCACCGGGAAAUCAUGGAGGAGAAUUGUCUAAACGUAGCCUAUUUAAAAAAUAACAGAUGCCAAAUGAGGAACAAGAGAGAACCAAGUAAGCUAUCAUUGAAAAGAAGCAAUUGUAAAACUCUGGAGGAGGAGAGAAAGAUAAUAGAAACAAAUCAGGAAUAUAAUAUAUCCAGUAUUUCUGCAGACAGUGACUACCAUAACACCAUCCAACCCAAAAUAGGUAAUACAAAGGAAAAAUAUAGCUAUCAUGCCUCUAAAGAAGCUUUCUGUUCAAAAUCAAGCCUUAAUCCUUAUUGCGAAAUUGAGACUGGAGGGAAAGCAUAUAACAACUUGGAGAAUGGCAAGAGUGUCAGUCAAAAGACGCAUUUUGCUUCUCAGAGAAUUCACAGAGAGGAGACGCCAUAUCCGUGCUUGGAAUGUGGAAAGAGCUUCAGUCAAACGAUCGAACUCACUAACCAUGAAAAACUUCACAGAGGGGAUAAACCUUACAGAUGUUUGGAAUGUGGGAGGGGCUUCAAGGAAACCAUACAGUAUACUAAACAUCAAAGAAUUCACACAGGGAAGAAAUCAUACAAAUGCCUUUUAUGUGGGAAGAGCUUUAGUCGGAGUACUGUUCUUAGGUACCAUCAAAGAAUCCACUCAGGAGACAAACCCUAUAAAUGCUUGCAGUGUGAAAAAUACUUUAAUCAAAAGAGUGAUCUCACUAAGCACGAAAGAAUUCAUACAGGAGAGAAACCAUACAAAUGCUUGGAGUGCGGGAAGAGCUUUAGUCAAAAAAUGCAUUUUACUUCGCAUGAGAGAAUUCACACCGGGGAGAGGCCGUAUAAAUGCUUUGAGUGUGGAAAGAGCUUCCGCCAGAAAUCAACUCUCAAUUCUCAUCAGCGAAUUCACACAGGGGAGAAACCCUAUAAAUGUUUGGAAUGUGGAAAGAGUUUCAGUCGGAAUACAGCCCUUGGGUACCAUCAAAGAAUCCACUCAGGGGAUAAACCCUAUAAAUGCUCGGAAUGUGAAAAACACUUUAAUCAAAAGAGUGACCUCAUCAAGCAUCAGAGAAUUCACACAGGGGAGAAGCCCUAUAAAUGCUUGGAAUGUGGGAAGAGCUUCAGUCAGAAGAUGCAUUUCACUUCCCAUCAAAGGAUUCACACGGGGGAGCGACCGUAUCAAUGCCUGGAGUGUGGGAAAAACUUCCGUCAAAAAUCCACGCUCAAUUCCCAUCAUAGGGUUCAUACAGGAGAAAAACGGUACAAAUGCUUGGAGUGUGGCAAGAGCUUCAAUCAGAAGAAAAAUCUCACUCAGCAUCAGAAUGUUCAUACAAGGCAGAUGGAGGAACAAGACUCAGCUGGUCCUGAAGAAAAAGAAGGUCCUGGUACCAGACUGACCGAGAGCAGUGAAGAAUGCUGGGAAAGAACAGUGCAGGAGAUUUUGGAUAAGGACACAGUCAGCACAGAGGCUCAUCGCCAGCGUUUCAGGGGCUUCUGCUACCAGGAGGCAGAAGGUCCGCGAGAGGUUUGCACCCGUCUUCACCAUCUUUCCCGCCAGUGGCUGCAGCCGGAGCGACACACCAAGAGUCAGAUGCUGGACCUGGUGAUCCUGGAGCAGCUGCCGGUGCUGGCCCUGGUGACCCUGAACCAGCUGGUGGCUAUCCUGCCGGUGGAGAUGUCCAGCUGGGUGCGGGAGUGCGGAGCAGAGAGCAGCUCCCAGGCGGUGGCCCUGGCUGAAGGCUUCCUCCUGGUGGCUUCAGAGGGCCACAUAUCAUCCAACAGGGGAAACUCAAAAGUAUUUGCCUGUCUCAUUUUUUUUCCAAUCCUGCUUCCAUUUCUAAGUCAUGGAUCUUCAUUGCCAUUUCAGAUAAAUCAUUUGUUUAUAAAAAUGGGAUAUGAUUUUCCUGCAACAGAGAAGGUUCUGCUGGACACCAUAAGGAGUCCCUUGCAAACAGGGAUCCUGCAAGAAGAUGACAGAGGAGUUACCUUGCAAGGGGAUGAAUUGAUGCUGGCAAAAGAUAUAGAGUCCUCUGUUUUUCUCUGCGGUGGAAUAGAAACUGCUGUUGACCCAGAUCAGGAUCUGGCAACUUUUGAGGAGCUGGCUGUGUAUUUCACUGAGGAAGAGUGGGCUCUGCUGGAGCUUGACCAGAAAGCUCUCUAUAAGCAAAUCAUGGAAGAGAACUUUGAAAUCAUGACUUCUCUCAGACACGACAGAUGUAAAAUGAAAGAACACCCGACGGGGAUAAAGCCAUAUAUGUGCUUCGAGUGCGGAAAGAGUUUUGGUUAUAAGAUAAAUCUUACCUCUCAUCAAAGGAUUCACACAGGAGAAAAACCAUAUAAAUGCUUGGAGUGCGAAAAAACCUUCAGUCAGAGUUCAAGCCUCAUUAAACAUAAACGCAUUCAUACAGGGGAAAAACCAUAUAAAUGCGUCGAGUGUGGAAAGAGCUUCAGUCAGAGUUCAAGCCUCACUAAACAUAAAAGAAUUCACACAGGCGAAAAACCGUAUAAAUGCUUAGAGUGUGGAAAGAGCUUUGGGAAGAAGAUAAAUCUCACAUCCCAUCAGAGGAUUCACACCGGGGAGAAACCAUAUCAGUGCAUGGAAUGUGGGAAAACUUUUAGUCACAAGAUAAAUCUCAUUUCUCAUCAAAGAAUUCACACGGGAGAAAAACCAUAUCAAUGUCGGGAGUGUGGGAAGAGUUUUAGCCAGAAUACGGGUCUGACUAAACAUCAAAGAACCCACACGGGCGAGAAACCUUAUAAAUGCUCGGAAUGCGGAAAGACUUUUGGUCAGAAGACCAAUCUCACGACUCACCAAAGAAUUCACACAGGGGAGAAACCAUACGUGUGUUUGGUGUGCGGGAAGAGCUUCAGUUACCGGACUGCUCUGACUUAUCAUGAAAGAACCCACACUGAGGGGAAGCCAUAUAAAUGCUUAGAAUGCGGAAAGAGCUUCACCCAGAAGAUCCUACUCAUGAAGCACUAUAGGAUUCAUUCAGAAGAAAAAGUGUUCCCCUAUUUGGAAUGUGACAGUCCAAAUAUGUAUCUCACUCCUCAUCAACGCAUGUUCAAAAAGCCGAAACUGCACAAGUGUUUGCAGUGUGGAAAGACGUUUAGUCGGAGCACAGGGCUCCGAAAUCACCAGCUCAUUCAUGCAGGUGGGAAAGAGUGUACGUGCUUGGUCUGCGGAAAGAGCUUUGGUCACAAAAUCAUCCUCAAUUCUCACGAAAGAAUUCACACAGGGGAGAAACCAUAUAAAUGCUUGGAAUGUGGCAAGAGCUUCAAUCAUAAGAAAAACCUCUCUAGGCACCACCGAAUUCACACAGGGGAGAAACCGUAUACGUGCUCAGAAUGUGGGAAAUGUUUCAGUCAGAAAAUAGACCUCACCAAACAUCAAAGAAUUCACACCGGAGAAAAACCAUAUAAAUGCUUGGAGUGCGGAAAGAGUUUCAGCCAGCGAACAAACCUUUUUCAACAUCAGAGCAUUCACACAGGGGAAAAAUACACCUGCUUAGAAUGUGGAAAAAGUUUCAGUCAUAAGAAAAACUUGACUAGACAUCAAAAAAACGCACACAAGGGAGAGAUAUUAUAAAUGACAGGCAAGUGUCAAUAAACAUUGCCAGGAAGGAAAAUUGCUCAUCAAUGAACUUACUUGGGGGAAACCCAUAUAAAUGCUUAGAAUUUGGGUUCAAAUCAAAUUUCGAUUCUCAGGCAAAAAUUAGGAAGAAGCAUGCAAUUAUGGGAAGAAUCACGCCUUUUACUCAAAUUCCCCCAGCAACUGGUUAUCUCUCUUACUGGUGAUAAUUUUUAUUGCCUAUUGCUAUUGACACGUACGAUUAAUUUGCACUGUCUCGUUGUUCAUACAUUUGUCCACAUCUCUGCGAAAUGUCAUUCAUGUGAGGAUAAUUAACAAUUUUGGAUAGUGGACUCCAUACUGUCAGUACAUACAAAGAAUAUGGGCAGACCCUUUUAUUAUCUUGGAUUCCAGUUAGGACAACCCAAAAGAGGAACAUCGUGUCACUAUUUAUUUUCUCCACACCACUGUGAUAUUCUCAGCGGAAUAUUCUCAGCUUCAGGGAAGCGAAGACUGAAGGAGGAAGGUUUUUGAGAAAAAGUGCUAUGGAAAUUUACAGAGUGAUCAGGUUUUUUUCCCUUAAAGUAAUAUGAAUCCAUAAAGAGAAGAAUUGAGGCACUGCAGAUGGUAGGUCUUCUAGGAACAUAUAUGUGUGUGUGUGUGUGAUGCACACAUUCCUCGAUACAGUAUAUAUUCUUAGAAGAAUGUGGAAGAGAAUGGAUUAUCUCUGUCAAAUUGUCCUUCAUUGGAAAUCUGUUUUAAAACGCUGAAAAGCAUUCACAACACAUUUUUAGAAAAAUUGACAUUUCAGUUGGGGAAAGACAGUGCACACAAACACGUGCAUAUGUGUACGUACACACAGCUAUACACAUCCAUUGACAACAGAGACUUGACAUAAUUCAUCUAGAACUACAUUUUUCUUCCUAUCCCAUCCAUAAUUUUUCAUUACUUUCAAGCCCAUCUCGCUUCUGUUCCUUAGAACAAUUUUGGUGACCACACUGCAAUCUUUCUGACACGCAGCAAAAGUAGUUUUAGUCACCAAGGCAGUUUAACUUGUCCCUUGUUUUUUUUUAAAAAUACAUUUGUAUGGUGCUCUUUGCUGUUGUAUUUGUACGUGAUGAAGUUGGUCGUGCGCUACCCUAUGUUCCCAAAAAGGAUAAAGGGGCACAUAUUUUAAAUAAUAAACAUGUUUCAGACAUUUUUCCUUUUACUGGAUUCUGAGAAAAUAAACAUGCCAGAAGGUGUUCGGUAAAAAUAGCUGAAUGCUGGCUAAUGGAGGCAUUUGAAGGUAAAACCCAGCGG